GUUAGCUGAGUCUAUCUCAACAUCUGUAAUCGAUGUUGACAUUAUAGUAAAUGCGCGAAAUUAGAGUCACGAGUUAUGUUUUUUAUACGACAUAACAUUUUUAAAUUAAAAUUGCACUGUAAAGUAUUGAAUCUUGUAAAUAUUAGCGAAAGAAGGAGUUAGACAUUUCUUUCUCCAUUUUUAUCCCUAGUAUGAUAAUGAUAAUAGGUCUGAAAUUUUAUUAGAUCAGUGAAACGUUCUUUCAUUGAUAAGGUUUCAUAACAAUUAGUUUAAGCUACGUUGUACAGUAUAUGACAGUACGAGCAAAGCAUGGUGGAGUUACGAUGGAAGACCGUAUUAGUACUUCACAUAUUUUUUAUUUCAAAUACAGUUGCUUCAAUAGGAGACAGAUCACAAUUUUACAAUUUGUGCCUAGCAAAAUGUCGUGACAAUAAUUGCAAUACUGAUAAAAAUUUUAAAGUUGAACCUCCUUUAUCAUUAAGAUUGCUAUUUUGGUCUUGUAAAGAAGACUGCAGUUAUAGUUGUACUUGGGAAACAGUUGAUUAUUUCAUUUCUCAUGGUUUGAAAGUUCCUCAGUUUCAUGGAAAGUGGCCAUUUAUUCGUAUUUUUGGAUGUCAAGAACCUGCAUCUGUUAUAUUUUCUAUAUUAAAUUUUUAUAUUCACAUUACCAUGUAUUGGAAAUUUAAAAGAAAAGUUGAUUCUACUUAUCCUAUGUUUUAUAUAUGGUCCUAUUUUAGUUUGAUAUGUAUACAUGGUUGGUUUUGGUCAUCUAUUUUCCAUGCUAGAGAUACUUCAUUUACGGAAGUAAUGGAUUAUUCUUGUGCAUUUAUUAUGGUACUCACGUUAUUGUACUCUAUGUUGUUAAGAAUCACAUAUCAAAAUAAUAAACUAUUUGCUGUGAUUACAUGUGGUUAUUUAGGUAUUUUGUAUACACAUUUAUCUCAUUUAUGGUCUGGCUAUAUCAAUUAUGAUUAUAAUAUGAAAUUUAAUGUAGUUAUAGGAUUUUUAACAUUCAUUUUAACAAUGGCAUGGUGGCACCGGAAUCGUAAAAAGUUACAUUAUAUUUAUUUAAUUGGUUGGUUUAACAUAUUAACGGUCCUUGUUACUAUAUUGGAAGUGGCAGAUUUUGCACCAAUUUUUUGGAUAUUUGAUGCUCAUUCUUUGUGGCAUGCUAGUACAGUUCCACUGGCAGUUUUGUUAUAUAGAUUUAUGAUAGCAGAUUGUUCUUAUUUGAACACAUACUACAGCAAAUUGACAUUAGAUAUUGAUCACCAUAUUCAUUAAAAAUUUCAUUAAGUUAUAUUCAUAUGCUGCUCUUUUAGUUUUGUGAUUAAUAUAUUUUAAAUAAAUGUCGAUUAUUUACAAAUCUUCAUUCCAAUAAUAACAUAGUAUCUCUUUAUUGAAUAUUAAAAGGAUUACAUUA